AUGUCUUAUUCGCACAUCUUUGUUGAAGCUCUUCAUUAUGGUGCUGCAACCCAGCCCUGUGGACAAUCAGCUUGCUAUGGCUACAUUGCAGGUUGCACUGCUGUUGAAAUACAGUGGAUAUUCAAGAUCAAACUUGACUAUGACCAUGACCGUCAACUUUCUAAAACAGUAGCUGUCAUUUGUCGAUUCAUUACAAGUGAUGGAGUGCCUGCAUUCCCAUGGGAUUUACAUGCUGUUGAUCUAGGUGUUCAGGUCUGGCAUGCCAAUAUUCUUGGUGACACAGAGGCCAUUGAUGCUGAGCUCUUGUCUGGUCAGCUAAUAUUUAUCCCGAUCACUGUCCAUGGCUCUGAUUACUGGGUGACAGUCACCCACAACCAUGACAGGACAGAGGUUGACAUGGAAGUCACUGAUGAUUGA